CGCGCGGUACUCGACGAGCAGAAGAAGAGCGCGUGGAGCCCGCGGUUACGUUGAGCUACUGAGUGUUUGUGUUGAAGACUGUGUGUGUGUGUGAUGGAUCUGGGGAAGGAGAGAGUGGUCGCGCUGGUGGACAUGGACUGCUUCUAUGUGCAGGUGGAGCAGAGAAUCAACCCCGAGCUCAAGAACAAACCCUGCGUGGUGGCGCAGUACAAGACCUGGAGAGGCGGAGGCAUCAUCGCAGUGAGUUACGAGGCCAGAGGUCACGGGGUCACCAGGAACAUGUGGGCAGAUGAUGCCAGAAAGCUGUGUCCUGACCUACAGGUGGCCCGAGUCAGAGAGGCUCAUGGGAAGGCUGAUCUCACCCCUUACAGAGAGGCCAGUGUGGAGGUGAUCGAGGUGAUGUCCCGCUUCGCUGUCGUAGAGAGGGCCAGCAUCGAUGAGGCAUACAUGGACCUCACGGCCAGCGUGCAGGACAAACUGAAGCACAUGAGCGUCCAGGACAUCACGCCGCAGCAGCUGAGGAGCACCUACGUCCAGGGCUUCCCACAAACCAGCAGCAGCGGAUGGAGCGAGCCUGCGGGGACAGAUAAAGAGGAGACGCGGCUCCGAGGUCUGCAGCAGUGGCUGGAGCAUCUGUCGUCCAGCGAUCUGCCCUCGAGUGCGGAGCUGCAUCUGACCGUCGGCGCUCUGAUCGUGGAGGAGAUGAGGGCCGCUGUGGAGGAACACACCGGAUUUCGUUGCUCCGCCGGCGUCUCACACAACAAGGUGUUAGCCAAACUAGCAUGUGGCUUAAACAAGCCUAAUCGCCAAACAGUUUUGCCUCUGGGAUCGGUUCCAGAACUCUUUAGCACUCUUGCCAUCAGUAAAAUUCGUAAUCUGGGCGGGAAGCUGGGGACGUCCAUCAUGGAGACUCUGCGAGUGGAAAACAUGGGAGACCUCACUCAGUUCAGCAAGACCCAGCUGGAGCAGCACUUCGGAGAGAAGACCGGGUCGUGGCUGUAUGAUUUGUGCCGAGGGAUCGAGUUCGAGCCCGUGAAGCCUCGACAGCUUCCCAAAUCCAUCGGCUGCAGCAAGAACUUCCCAGGAAAAACCUGUUUGGCUACACUGCAGCAGGUGCAGCACUGGCUUCAUCAGCUGUCCCUCGAGUUACAGGAGCGACUCUACAAAGACCGAGAGAUGAACGGGCGGCUGGCCAAACAGCUGACGGUGGGCAUCAGGCAGGCUGGAGGAGAGAGUUUCUCUCGCUGCUGUGCUCUUGUUCGCUACGAUGCUGUGAAGAUGACCUCAGACAGCCUGGCCAUCAUCAAGAGCCUCAACACCGCAGGAAGCCACCAGGAGGCGUGGUCUCCUGCUUUGACUUGUCUUCAUCUGUCAGCCAGUAAGUUCAGCGAUGUUCCCUCGUCCUCGUCCGGAGGAAUAGCAGGCUUCCUGUCCAGUGACGCACCUUCAACACAAUCGCGUUUAGCCUCUACACAAACCCCCAAAACAGAGCCGAGCCCCAAGCGGCCGGGGGCCAUCCAGUCUCUGUUUGAGAAGGCUGCUGAGAAGAAGAAACAGCAAGGGGAGGAAGCUCAUAAAGAUGAACAUGGUUCACCCAGUCUCAGUCCUCAGAAAGCCCCUGGCAUCUCCUCUUUCUUCCACAGAAAGGGUCUGGAGAAGACGCUCCAGCUGUCCGCUCUGCCUGAGGACCGGAGCGCCGCGGCUGCAGUCGAGUCGCUCGCUGAGGAUCUUCACGUGUGCGAGCGCUGUGGACAGAAGGUGCUGGUCUGGGAAAUGCCUGAGCACAUGGACUAUCAUCUGGCUCUGGACUUGCAGAGGUCGUUCUCCUCGGCGUCCAGCGAUGGGCCGGUGCAGUCGUCCCGCGGGAAGAGCCAGGCGAAGACUCGGAGCGGCCCGCAGGCCAAGAGAGCGCGAGUGCAGGGAAACCGCGGCACGCUGGACUCCUUCUUCAGAAAGACAUGACCGCAGUCUCAGACAGCUUUUCAUAUCUUUGGGUUUUUAAUGAGAAAUAUUUGUCUUUUCAAAUUUGUGUAUAUUUUAUUUAAAUAAUAAAUACAAUCUGAGAAUCUGAUGGGUGUGAUGAAACUUUAGGACAUAACCUGGCUGUUUGAGGGAGGAACAUUUGUUUUACUAAUAGUUUUGUGUAGAAACCCUUGCUUUCAUUUGAACUGAAUCUCAACAUUUUGCAAUAACUGAAAAGCUAUAGCAUGACCCACGUGAGAAAUAUCCUUCUGGUGCCAUAUAUUAAGACACCCCUUUUGUCUUCUCAGGACAUUAACUGAUGGACUGGAGUGCUGUGGAUUUAUUGUGAUGGUUUUUAAUCAGCUGUUUGGACUCUCAUUCAGAUGGCACCCAUUCACUGCAGAGCAUCCAUUGAUGAAACUGAUGCAAUUAUACAUUUCUACAAAUCUGUUGGUAAAGUGCCUUAUGAAAGUAUUCAUACCCCCGAAUAUUUUUUUUUUCUUCAUGUUUUUUAAUGUUGCAGCCCUAUGUUAAACUACAACCCCCCCACACACACACAUUAAUCUACACUCCAUACACCAUUAUGGUAAAACAAAUAACACGUUUUCAGCAUUUUUGCUAAUUUCCUAAAAAUAAUAAAAAAAGCUUAAAUGAUUUCACUACACAAGUAUUCAUACCCUGAUCUGGGACAGUUGAAAUUUAGCUCAGGGACAUUCAUAUUGCAUUUAGAUCUUAUUAGACUUCGGGUGAAGUUAACGUGUGGCAAAUUCAGUCAAAUGGGUAUGAUGUGGAAAGGCAAACGUCUUAAUAAUCAUUCUAACAGUAAAAACCAAGCCCUGAGGUCAUAAGAACUGCCUGUAGAGCUCAGAAACAGGUUUGUUUCAGGCCACACAUCUGGGGAAGACUUCAGAAAAGCAUUCUGCUUCAUUGAAGGCUCACAGAAGCAUGUAGUCUCUGUUACCUUUAACAGGAGAAGUUUGAAACAACCAACUCUUGCUAGAGCUGUCCUGGACAAACUGAGCGACUGAUGGAGAAGGGCUUUGGUUCGAGUGGUGACCGAGAGCCUGAUGAUCGCUCUAGUUGAGCUCUAUGAUCAUACGUGUAGAGAAACCUACAGAAGGACAAACAUCACUGCAACACUCCACCAGUCUGAGCUUUGUGUGGCCAGACUCAAUCCUCUCCUCAGUGAAGACACAAGAAAAAACACCUAAAUGACCCUCAGACUCUGAGAAACAAGAUUCUCUGGUCUGAUGAACCUCAUUAUUUUGAAGGAAAUCAUCUCUGACUGAGAGACUUGUCAGAGUAGAAGAAAAGCUCAGUGCACAGAAAUAUAAGAUAGCCUUAGUUAAACCCAGUCCAGAAGCUCAGACUAGGCCGAAGGUUUCCCUUUCAACAGGACAGUGACCCUAAACACACAGCAAGGGUGGCUUAGACCCAGACACAGCCUGUGAUUGAACCCAAUCAAAUAUUUCUGGAGAAACCUGAAAAUGUGUGUCUGCUCUCCUCCAACCUGACAGAGCUUGAGAGGUGAAGAGGUGAGAAGAGUGACAGAUCAGUAUAACUAUCAUAAUACUCAUGAGCAAAGAUUGUUGCAGCAAACAAUUAAGACUUGAGGCUGUUAAGUUAAGGCGCUUCAGCUAAAUAUUGAAUACUUAUGCAAUGUACUUCAGAUUUAUUUAUUUAUUUUAAUAAAUUUACGAAGUAGUGACAAUUAUGUUUUUGCUUUGUCAGUAUGGUGUAUGGAGUGUAGAUUGAUGUGGUGAAAAAUAAUUCAAACAGUUUAACAAAAGGGAGCAACAAAACAAAAAAUGUGAAAAAAAUGAAGUUGUAUGAAUACGUUUGCAAGGCACUGUAUGAGUGUGAGAACACUUUCAGCAAAUGUAAUUUUUUUGGGGUCAACUGUUCCUUAUAAAAGGCUCUUGUAACAUCUUGAA